GCUUGGGGUCCAGCCACAAAAAGAAAAGGAGGGAUGAAAGUGAGGACGAAAAGUUUGAAGUUGCACAAGUUUGCCUGCAAUGAAGAUGGAGUGGGUUUGAUUCCCAGCUUGGGCCCCAACAAACAGCAAUUGGAGAUAUCAAGUGCCGGUUCUAAGCCUGGAUAAAUGGGAGGGUUGUGUCCAGAAUGGCAUCUGGCAUAUGGUAAAUGCCAACAGACAAAAACAUAUAUUAAAAUAUAAAAUACCGUCGAUGUGUAUUGGAUAUAUUGUACGGAGCAGCAAGACCCUUUUCUAUGUCACAGUGAAGGCCACGCCACAGUAUAAGCAGUUCUGAGAUGAGCUCCACAAUGAAUGCGACAGACGUCUACAAGGGAAUCACCGUCCUUUACAAUGGAGUAAAUAUGUCCGGCAAUGGGAGCAUGGGAGUGCUGAACAUAUCCUCUCCCCUCAACAAAGCCAUCAACAUCCUGUCCAUCCUUCUCCUCUUCAUCACCAUGACAUCUCUCGGCUGCACGAUGGAGAUUUCCAAAAUCAGGAACCAUUUGCUACGGCCGAAAGGAGUAGCCAUCGCCAUUGUGGCCCAGUUUGGCAUCAUGCCCAUGACUGCGUUCUGUCUUGCCAAAUUACUGAAGAUGGAUUCCAUCAAGGCUGUGACAGUGCUCAUCUGUGGCUGCUGUCCAGGAGGAAACCUGUCCAAUAUCUUCACCUUGGCCCUCAAGGGGGACAUGAACCUCAGCAUAGUGAUGACCACAUGCUCCUGCAUUGCAGCUCUGGGCCUGAUGCCCCUGCUGCUCUUAAUCUACUGUCAAGGCUUCAGCGGCCUGGAGAACGCUGUGCCCUACGUCGGCAUCAUCACGGCUCUCGCCUUCACUCUGGUGCCCUGCGCCAUGGGCAUUGCUAUCAAUCGCUACAGGCCUAAAUAUACCCCUCUGGUCUUGAAGUCUGGUUUAGGCACAAUGAUCAUCUCCAGCAUCAUCCUGUUCUCUUUGUCCGGCCUGGCGGUCAAAGACAUUCUGUGGAUGAUCCUCACCCCUGAUGUUCUGACUGUGGCGGCGCUGAUGCCCCUCAUAGGCUUCAUGCUGGGAUACGUCAUGUCCACCAUAUGCAGACUCAGCCCAAAAUGCAGCAGGACCAUCUCAGUGGAAACAGGCUGUCAGAACAUUCACCUGUGUGUGGCCAUCCUGAAGGUGGCCUUUCCUCCGGAGGUGAUUGGACCUAUGUUUCUCUUCCCGUUGCUGUACUACAUGUUCCAGUGUGCUGAGGCUCUCCUGCUGACCGUGUGCUUCAGAUCUUACCAAAUAAUCAAGACAUCAGCUGAGGAAUACAAGAAUGUGUUUGUUCAGCAAGACGAGGAGAAACAACCCGAGUGUCCGAGUUUGGAGGCAAAUAACCAAACAUGACACCUGGGACUGAUGCACUUAUGAAUGCUACAAUAUACUGUAAAACUAUAAACUAUUUGUAUUUUUUUUUAUGAUGUUCGUCUUCCAAUUACAAGUUGUUUUUUAUUGACCCUCUCAGAGAGGUACAGUAUUGCCCUGAAUAUAAGCAUUUUUUUCCUUAGAAAAAAAGUAUGAAAAGUAGAAGUCCAUUCAAAUUAACUCCUCCCCAAGUGAGUCAGAGCUUUUUUACUGUGACUCACAUGCACCAGUGACCUGGAGAGUAUGAGGCUACGACACAGAGUUCCACUGGAAAAAAAGUGUUUCAAAAAUAAUGGUGAUCAAUGAAGCAGAGCAGCUAAUAUAACCCAUUUUUAAGCAACCUACCAGUUGUUAUUUCAGUGAUGUGGAAAACACGAUUAAAAAAAACAAAGAUUCAUUUUGUCUUCAAAAAUAUUUUUCCCCCAAAAAAGCGUUGUCUUCAUUGUCGUCUUACAUUGCUGUCUGUAGUAUAAAAAGCAGUGGAAAAUGCACACAUUCCCAAUAUUCUGGCCCGGGAGAAGUUUUUGAAAAUUUUACCUUAGUAUUAUAUACUGUAGUGCAAUUCUAAUUCAAUGUAAAUGACAAAUAAUUCUAAAUGAAUGCUUCUCUGACAAUGUCAACUAAAACUGAGCUUUAUG